AUGGGGAACACAGCCACUAAGUUUCGAAAGGCAUUGAUCAACGGGGACGAGCUGCUGGUGUGUCAGCUUUACGAGAGCAACCCGCAGUUUAAGGAAGCACUGGACCCUAACUCCACAUAUGGAGAAUCCUACCAGCACAACACUCCACUACACUAUGCUGCUCGGCAUGCAAUGCUACGACUACUCAGGUCUUUUCUUGUAAACAAAGAUGGAAAUCCCAAUAAGCGUAAUGUACACAAUGAGACCUCUCUGCACCUUCUGUGCAUGGGCCCACUGAUCCUGACUUCAGAGGGAGCCCUGCAGCCACGCAUUGCACGACCCCAUGAAGAUGAGUACCGGCGAGUGGAGUGCCUGAGGAUUGUCCUCUCUUGGACUGGAGCAAAGCUUGACCAUGGGGAGUAUGAAAAAGCUGAUGUUAAUGCCACAGACAACAAGAAAAACACAUGCUUGCACUAUGCUGCUGCCUCGGGUAUGAAGACCUGUGUAGAGUUGUUGGUGCAGCGAGAGGCAGACCUGUUUGCCGAGAAUGACAACCGCGAGACUCCGUGUGACUGUGCAGAGAAGCAGCACCACACAGAGCUGGCCCUAUGCCUGGAGUCGCAGAUGGUCUUCUCACAGGCCCCUGAGGCAGAGGGUAUAGAAGCCGAGUAUGCAGCCCUUGACAGAAGAGAGCUUUAUGAGGGCUUGCGUCCUCAAGACCUUCGAAGGCUCAAGGAUAUGUUGAUAGUGGAGACGGCCGACAUGCUCCAAGCGCCCCUCUUCACGGCCGAGGCUCUGCUGCGAGCCCAUGACUGGGACAGAGAGAAGCUGUUGGAAGCCUGGAUGAAAGAUGCAGAGGAAUGUUGUCAGCGUUCAGGAGUGCAGAUGCCCAACCCGCCGCCUAGUGGCUGCAAUGCAUGGGACACACUGCCCUCUCCCCGCACACCCCGCACUGCUCGCUCCUCUAUCACCUCUCCAGACCAAAUAAGCCUUAUGCCGGGCAAUGAAGAGUCUGCCCUGUGCGGUAUCUGCAUGUCUUCCUUCACCAUUUUUGAGGAGCCAGUUGACAUGCCCUGCGGUCAUGAGUUCUGCAGAGCAUGCUGGGAAGGAUUUCUGAAUAUGAAGAUUCAGGAGGGGGAGGCUCACAACAUCUUCUGCCCUGAGUUUGACUGCUACCAACUUGUGCCUGUGGAAGUUAUAGAGAGUGUGGUCUCAAGAGAGAUGGACAGGCGAUAUCUCCAGUUUGACAUAAAGGCAUUCGUGGAGAAUAACCCUGCGAUUAGAUGGUGCCCCAUGGCGGGCUGCGAGAGGGCAGUGAGGCUGAGCACACAGUGUCCUGGACGUUCUACCUCAGACUCCCUCAGCUUUCCCCUUCUCAGGGCCCCCGCUGUGGACUGUGGCAAAGGACAUCUCUUCUGCUGGGAAUGUCAAGGAGAGGCCCAUGAGCCCUGUGACUGUGAGACCUGGACAUCCUGGCUGCAGAAAGUCUCUGAGAUGAAACCUGAGGAAUUGGCUGGUGUGAGCGAGGCUUAUGAGGAUGCCGCCAACUGCCUCUGGUUACUUUCGAACUCCAAACCCUGUGCCAACUGCAAGUCCCCCAUUCAGAAGAAUGAGGGCUGCAACCACAUGCAGUGUGCCAAGUGCAAGUAUGAUUUCUGCUGGAUCUGCUUGGAGGAGUGGAAAAAACACAGCUCAUCCACUGGAGGUUACUAUCGAUGCACUCGUUAUGAAGUAAUCCAGCAGGUGGAGGAGCAGUCAAAGGAGAUGACCGAAGAGGCAGAGAAGAAACACAUGGAUUUUCAGGAACUUGACCGGUUCAUGCACUACUACACGCGGUUCAAGAACCAUGAGCACAGCUAUAAGCUAGAGCAACGCCUGUUGAAAACCGCCAAAGAGAAGAUGGAGCAGCUCAGCAGAGCCCUGAGUGGAAGAAGCGGUGGCCCACCUGACACCACUUUCAUCGAAGAUGCUGUUCUAGAACUACUAAAGACUCGCCGCAUCCUGAAGUGCUCUUAUCCUUAUGGGUUUUUUCUUGAGCCCAAAAGCACAAAGAAGGAGAUCUACGAGCUUAUGCAGACUGAUUUGGAGAUGGUAACCGAAGACCUUGCCCAGAAAGUAAAUCGGCCUUACCUGAGAACCCCUCGCCAUAAGAUCAUCCGAGCAGCCUGUCUCAUUCAGCAAAAGAGGAUGGAGUUCCUGGCCUCUGUGGCCAGAGGAGUGGCACCUAGCGACUCACCAGAGGCUCCCAGGCGCAGUUUUGCUGGAGGCACUUGGGACUGGGAGUAUUUAGGAUUUGCAUCACCUGAGGAAUAUGCUGAGUUCCAAUACAGACGGAGACACAGGCAGCGAAGGAGAGGCGACAGGUCCAGUCUGCGCAGUGACACCGGCGAUCCGGACGACCCCAGCGAUGGAACCUUUGAUGGACAUGACCUUCCUGGGCAUUUAAUGGGUCUUGGAUCUUUAGAUGAUGACGAUCCAAACAUUCUGUUGGCCAUUCAGCUGUCUCUGCAGGAGUCUGGCCUGGCACGGAGCGAGGCGGCAGACGAGCCUCAUGUGUCGCUGGGUGCCAUUGGCACAUCACUGCCCUCGCAUCUGAAGGAGAGUGGUAUGGAGGCUCUCACUCGAGCCUCUUUAAGCAGCUCUGACCUGCUGGAGGUGGGAGAUGAUCUGUCCAGAUUGUCCAUGAGUGGUUACUACUCUGCAGGCCACAUGUACAGGACGUCCCUCCCCUUCCCAAUGGCUCCAGGAGGCAAUAACUCGUCCACAGGUCUGUUCUCCUCCAGCGACACCUUAGACUCCACCACAUGUAGUAGUCAAGAGCCGUCGUCAUCCUCAGCUUUAGCUGCAAACACUAACCUCCUCGGAAACAUCAUGGCCUGGUUCCAUGACAUGAACCCUCAAGGCAUCACACUGGUCCCCCCUACAUCUUCUGACACAGAGAUCAACUUGUGUGCCCUGCACACUGAAGAUGAAGAUGAAAGUCUUGGGGACGAGCAGGACAAAUCUGCUCUUGUUGUUACAGAAAUGAAGAAUGAAGUGGAGUCUGAGGUGUCAGUGAGUGUCAUAGAGCAGAAGGAGAAUGCUGGAGCUCUAGCUGAGAGACCCACCCAGCUGGAGCUGGUGCAGCUGGAGCCCCUGCCUUAUCCCGGACCGCUACCGCCCGAUUCUGAGAACCCAGACCCUGAGGCCUGGAGGCACUGCCACGUGGACACGCCACAGUGCAACUCUGUGUCCGACCAGCUGCCCAGCACCAGCUCGUCUGAGUGGGAAGAGCAAGUGCACUUGGUAUGA